AUGAAAAGGGUCCAGCUGGUCCUCAGUGUCCUCGCCGCCGUGCCGCUCGUCUGGGCCGUGUUCAAUGGAGCAAACCCGCUCUAUCAAUCGUAUCCCCCGGCCUAUCCUCUCUAUCCCACCAAGAACCAGACAACGCGCGUUCUGACCUUGGGCGUCUUUGGCUGGUUCACGUCGCCUGUGCUUCCAGAUGACGGUGGUGCUUGGGCUGCUGGUCUCGAGUCUGCUGUCGAACUGUUUCUCUCGGUCCAGGCGGCCGCUGAUCUAUUCAAUGCCAAGUGGGUGUUUGUCUGGGUCGAGGUAAACAUUGUGCCUUACCAACCUUGCAUCCAGUAUCUUGCCGCUCAGAACGCCGUCUUUCUCAACAGAUACGCCGGGUUCAUUGGCGACACCACCGAUGUUGUCAAUCCCGGGACCCUGACGGCAUCGGCCGAAGCCAUGAUGGCCGGCAAAUUCAAUGUUCCGUACUGCUCUCCCUUGGUGUUUGACGACAUGUUCGACGACAAGACAACAUAUCCAACCUUCUUCCGGACCAUCGGCAAGGCCGAACUUGCUGGCGCAGGUGUCGCCGACUGGGUUGUGUCGAUGGGCUGGACCAAGGUGGUUCUGGUUGUUUCGUGCCAAAACAAUGACGGAUAUGGCUUCCUGUUCUUUGGCGGCUUUGUUCAGAGGGCUGCACACAACCGAAUCGACAUCCUCGACACCAUCUACAUAUACUGCGGCGAUUCGCCCGCGCUGGCCGACAACGACUUUGUGACUCCCGUGAAUCGAAUGAAGGCCACGAAUGGCCGGAUAUUCAUCGUCUUGGCGUUUACGGAUGCAGUGUCUGCGUUGUACUUGCAGAUGCACUCGAUUCUCGGUGUCAAAGCAGGUCUAACGAGUCUAGAGUACGUGUGGUUUGUGGCAGCACAGCCAUAUGAUCUCCCGACGUAUGCGUCCUUCUUCGAAGACCCAGCAAACAGAGCAGCAAGCUUCUAUCUUGGCCGCAACGUGACAGCAUCGGAUUUUAACCCAGUAUUCGGAUUGGACGGCCCGGUGAGCUACUUUCCCGACAACCCGGUGUGGUUGCAGUUCAACCAGACUUGGUCGACAUACGGGCAGCGCCCACUGAACUAUCCCUUAGGUGGAGGUCAUGUAGUGAUGCCGAUGGCAUAUGAUUGUGCGCUGUCGAUGCUGUAUGGAUACGACCAGCUUCUGAGCGAGUAUCCGUCAAGCGUCACGCUGUCAACGAUCGCCCAGCGGCAGCUCGACCCGGCUUUGACAAAGCCGUCGACGUUUUCGGUCGACAAGAUGGGAUCAUGCGGCAUGUUGGUCUAUGACGAGCUUGGGAACUCCCAAUCCGGCGGUCUAUACAUUCUUAUCGAUAUCGAUGGCAAGAAAACUAUUGUGCAGACAACACCCUUGAAUGGCAACUUCUCGGCCAAGCUUGAGCAAGCUUCCUUCCAAGACGGGAUGACGCUCCGCGAUGUGUUUUCCAUCUACUUUAACUCGACAGACUUUACCAUCCCGGUCGACUAUCCACCGAUUACGCGAGCAAACGAAACACUGACUCGGAUGGCACCGGCGCUGGCGGUGGCGCUCUGUUUCAUACUGGCUGCCGUGGUGGUGCUGGGUCUGACAUGGAGAUACACUCCGCAGACAGAGGUUGUGCCGAUCGAAAUGGCAAGAUUAAAUCUAGUGGCAUCCGCGAUAGGAUAUGGAGUGCUGUUCUUGCACAUUGGCCUACCAACCAGACUCAAGUGUGUAUUGAUGACGUACCUGACCAUGGCUGCAUUCGGCGUCUCCAUGAGCUCACUUUGGACGACAACGCUCAAGCUGGCCCGUGUGGCGCCGUGUCGACAGAACGGCAUAUCCCGGCGGUCGGUCAUGUCCCGGCCUGGCUGGCCUGUGGUCGCCUCUGUGGUCAUGGCCGGAUGGAUCCUCGCCACAAUCGGCAUAUCUUUGAAUCCGCCCGUUGCCGUCGAUGUCCCGGUGGCAAACUUGACGGUCUAUACAAUGUGCGAGCAGUCAUCGGGGUGGUUCGUUGAACUUGGGAUCUACAUCGCCCUCAUGGUCGUGUUGACUGGCUGGACUGUGCGAAACAUCAUGAUCAUGGCAGAGACACCGAUAUUGAAGACCCACGCCACUCUGUUUCUGAUCUCCCUCAGCCACCUGGUUGCCCUGACAGGGAUCCUCGGCACACUGAUGUAUAUCCCAGCCAUGCUCUCGUUCAUUUUCAUUUUUCGGGUGGUCGCACACUUGCUGAUCCCAACGACCGUGGCGGCGCCUAUUCUGGCUUCUGUUGCGUGUGAGAUUUGGAAGAAGGACAGAGCCCCAGAGUAUGACAUGAUCAGAAUUCUUGAGAGCAGUAACAUCAUCGACAUGGGAUCAUGCGACACGAUCAUGUCCACCAAAUCGAUCCAAUCCCUGCCCGCGGCGGUCAGCAUCUGCCAACGGGGCAGCACCCUCGUGGAUGUUGGCCGGUCGCGUAUCUGGGUGGUUGAGUCAACGAUCAUUGUCGAUCCCGGCUUCGGCCAGUGCAGCUCCAAGAAACCUGGGCUCCAGCCGUUUGCCCUGCCGCCAAUCAAUCUGCGCAAUAUGAUAUCGCACGAAAAUACCAGAGUUACCGUCCAAUUUCAAAACCAUCCCCUCGUCAUCAUCGACUUUGACGAUGUCGAGAGCGCGCACGGAUUGGUCAAGGCAUUCAACCGCAAAUACGUUCUUGACUCCAGCAAGGGCAGCUAAGGGAAGAAUCGAAGAAAGCGGU